AUGACUCAGAAAGAAUUGUAUUGUGAGAAAGGAGGAGAAACAGGAUCUGGCGCCGUGAAAUCAACCGGAGGUACGAAAGGAAGUGGCGGAGGCAGUGGCUGCUCUUCCACUGCCGGCGGUGCUGUCAUGAACGGCUCUGUCGCCGGCGGAUUCGGAGAGGGCGGAGGGAAAAACGAGAACGGAAUUGCCGGUGAAAGUGGCGGCGGUUCCUCAGGCGGGCCGAACACCGGGAACAACGGCGGCGCCGGUAGAGCUUCAUCAUCUGCCGGCGGGGUGUCCGGUAACGGUGGUGGGAACACAAUAUCCGGCAGCGACGGCGGGGGAGAGAAAAACAGAGGCGGAGCGUCUGUGUUUGCCUCGGGCGGCGUGGGCCAGGGGAACACCGGCGGCGCGUCGUCUGCCGGAGGAGGGGAGGAGACCAACGGCGGCGGGUACACUAUGGGGAUGACCUCCGGUGGCGGAGGCGACGGCGGCGAGGGUGGUGGGGGAGAAGGGACCAGCGGCGGCGGUGGCGGCGAGGGAGAAGGAGGAGGCGGGGAUGGCGCCUGCGGUGGAGGUGCGGCCGGGGGUGACGGCGGAGGAGCCAGCGGCGGCGGUGCGGGGACUGCCGGCGGCGGGGAAGACGGGGCAAUUGGUGGGGGGAAAGUGACUGCCGGAGGAGGAGACGCUAUCAGGGGCGGCGGGAACACGAUCUGCGGCGGAGCAGGGACCACCGGCGGCGGAAACGGGAUCAGCGGCGGGGUUGUGCGUCGGCGGGACGGCGGCGCUCGGGGUAGAAAAGGAUUGUUGGAUGAUCUGCGAGAAAAGGGCCAUUGUCCACAGUUUCCGAAUAGAUACGAAAACAGAGGGUCACAAUUUGACGGCGCUCGCCCGGAUCUCCUCCCGCCGCGGCCACCGGCGGCGGCUCCACCGCCGCCGGUUCUUCGACCUGCGGAGCUUCUUCUUUUUUGGGCCUCGCUCAACUAUGCUUGA